AUGGCGACUGUAAUUCUUCUUCUCUUCGCUCUAUCUCUCUUCUUCAUUCCUCACAGCAAUGCGCUGAGCAUCAACUACUAUGAGAAGAGCUGUCCCACUGCUGAAAAUUUGGUUACAGCAGCUGUAAAGAAGGGGAUGGAUAAUGACAAAACUGUUCCAGCAGCUCUACUCCGCAUGCAUUUUCAUGACUGUUUCAUUAGAGGGUGUGAUGGAUCGGUGCUGCUGAAUUCGACGAAGGAUAAUAAGGCGGAGAAAGAUGGGCCGCCAAAUAUAUCCCUGCACGCAUUUUAUGUGAUCGACCACGCUAAGGAGGCGGUGGAGAGCGCGUGUCCGGGCGUCGUCUCCUGCGCGGAUAUACUGUCUCUUGCGGCAAGAGAUGCUGUGGCUUUGUCUGGGGGUCCAAAUUGGACAGUUCCAACGGGCAGAAAUGAUGGAAGAAUUUCAAGUGCAAAUGAGACAAAUCAGCUGCCAAGCCCUACCUUCAACUUCACCCAAUUGCAGCAGAACUUUGCGCAGCGCGGCCUCACCACCGCCGACCUCGUUGCUCUUUCAGGCGGCCAUACUUUAGGUUUUGCGCAUUGCUCUUCAUUCCAAAACCGAAUCCACAACUUCAACAACAGCGCCGACAUCGACCCAUCUCUGAGCUCCUCAUUCGCGGCGACGCUAAGAAAUAUAUGCCCCGCACACAACAAGGUGAGGAGCGCCGGAACCACCAUGGAUUCCACCGGCUUCAUCUUCGACAACGCAUAUUACAAGCUUCUGCUUCAAGGGAACGGCCUCUUCUCCUCUGACCAAGCCCUGCUUGACAACCCUAGAGCCAUAAGACUCAUCACUAAAUUUGCGAACUCUCAAGAUAAGUUUUUUAAGGGAUUUGUUAAGGCAAUGGUUAGAAUGGGUAGUCUGAGUGGGGGGACGGAGAUAAGGAUUGAUUGCAAGGUUGUGAGAUGAGGGGAAUGCGAGGAAAAGUUAUUACGUCCCGACUCCGAAC